AUGGCAAAUCCUUUGAACGUGUACAAGGGACCCGACUCCGUCCGGAGCUACUUCCACCCAGAGUCGUCACCGCCGCUACCCCUGGUUGAGAUACCCGACUGCCUCAACCCGUACCGCCGGGAUGGCGUCCGCAUAUAUGCAAAGAUGAUGUCGAUGCAUCCUGCAAACAACGUCAAAUCGAUGCCAGCUCUGAAUCUUCUCGAGAAUAGUGUGGAGAAGGGCAAGACGCAGACGGUUAUCGAGUACAGCUCGGGGUCUACCGUGAUUUCCAUGUCGCUGAUCGCCCGCGUCUUUCACGAUCUUCACGAUGUUCGAGCAUACUUGAGCAACAAGACAUCCCCGGCCAAGCUCCGGUUGAUGCAGUUUUUCGGCCUCGACAUAACAUUGUUUGGCGGUCCGUCGCAACCCGAUCCUGAUGACGAGCGGGGAGGCAUCCGGGCUGCCGAGAGGCAAGCCAAGGAAGACGACUCCAAGAUAAACCCGAAUCAAUAUGACAAUGACGACAACUGGAAGGCGCACAUUCGGUGGACGGGCCCGCAAAUCCUCAGGCAGCUACCGGAGAUCAACGUGCUAUGCGCAGGAAUGGGAACCUCAGGAACCAUGACGGGGUUGGGAACGUACUUCAAGAAUGCCAAGCCUACUGUGUACCGUGUCGGAGUAUGCACCGCACCCGGCGACCGCGUUCCGGGCCCGCGCUCACAUGCGCUCCUGGCCCCCGUACAAUUCCCCUGGAAGUCAGCCGUGGACCACAUAGAAGAGGUCGGCUCGCACGACUCCUUCUCGCUGUCUCUCAGCCUCUGCCGCGAGGGCCUCGUCUGCGGUCCGUCAUCCGGCUUCAAUCUCAAGGGCCUGUACCAGUUCAUCGCCAGGCGCAAGGCCGACGGAUCGCUCGCCGAGCUGGCGGGCGAGGACGGCGAGAUUCAUUGCGUCUUCCUGUGCUGUGAUCUGCCGUAUCAGUACAUCAACGAGUACUUUGACAAGCUGGGAGCUGAGUACUUCCCCACGAUCCAUAACGAGCACUUGACCAAGGUAGACCUUUACAGGUACGACGAUAAAUGGGAGAAGGAACCUGCCGAUGCUCUCGACUUGUUCUUCACACAGGACGACGCCCUGGCAAGCGCGUUGGUGCCGAUUACGUCCAAGGUAAAGCCCCAGUCUCAAACUUCCAUCAUCGACUUGCGGCAGCCGCUCGACUUCCACGACUUUCACCUCCCGGGCUCGGUCAAUGUGCCUUUUGUCCACGAGGACACACCUAGUCCCUUUUCUGAACCGUACAUUCUGGAGUCUCUCUGGAAGAGGCUGGAGGAGACAUUCAAAGCGCCGAGCAAGGAGCUCCGAGAUCUGCUUCGCGGCAGACGAAUCUUGCUUCUUUGCUAUGAUGGGGAUAGCGCAAGGGUGGCGACGAGUGUUCUCAGGGCCAAGGGACAUGAGGCGGAUAGUAUUAAAGGUGGGUUUAAGGCGCUGAGAAGAUUGAGAGAGAAGUCGGACAGCGGUUUUCGUGCCAGAAACGAUUCCGGCGUGGAGGUCAUGGCGGUUCAUCUUCCGAGUCAUAUUCCUGUUGCUGCGCAGGUCGUUUAA